ACACGCACUAUGCCUAACCAUUAUGCACUAGCGACAUUUCUACAAACAAAUUGAAAUGCAUCAAUCAAUUACUGGGUGUAGUUUUGUAUAGUUGUUACAGCAUGCGAUUGGUUAAUACAGCAUAUGCCACUUAGUUGAAUAUUUGUUCAACCAUUCAAAUACUACAUAUGGAUAUCAAAGUCCCCAAAUACCGUGGCAUUCAUUGCAGGAUGGCUCAACAUUACAAGAUAUCUUUUGUUCUGUUGGUUGUUAUAUUUCUAUCAAGAAAUGCGUGCUAUGCACAGUUAACUUUGGAAGACGACACACAAGAAUUUUUCUUUAUUCAAGAUGGAGGUAUUUCUGGAGCUGGGUCAGGGACUGUCAUACUAGAUGGUGCAGAUGCGGGUAUACUUGGUGGUUCAGGGGCUGAUUUUUCAGCUCUUUCGGCUCUUUUACCACUUUUACUUCUUGCACCCUUACUACUUGCGGCGACGGCACCUACAGAAGUUCAGGCUGUGCAAACACCGGCCUCGGCAGCAGCGGCUGUGAUUGCACCUGGACAACCUCAAACGCCAGUACCACAACAAACCAUAACAGUUUUAGUCCCUCCUGCGACUACGCAAUGUGUUUCGGAAACUUGCCCACCUGGGUUCAGGCUGUUACCAAACCAAGCAAGUAGUACAAGCUGUUAUUCUGAUAGUGGUGCAACGCUUGUUGAUAGAAAAAUAUGGAAUGCAGCUCUGUUGGAUUGUGCCAAGACACGAGGUGCCUACCUGUGGAGACCAAACACUGCCCAAGAGGCCGCUGCUGUAAGAAAUCAAUUUGAUAUAGCCAAUAAUGCCUUAGUGUGGACCGGUGCAUUUGAUAUAGACCAGGAUAAUACUUUCACAUUUGCCAUAGAAAAUGGUGAAUUAAAUUUAAAUAGUGUCCCAUUUGGAACAGCUCCAUUCAUUAGUCCUAACCCAGGAACUGACUGUGUUAACAUUAAGUUCGACGGCACUCAGUGGCUUUGGACUGACGGGAUCUGUGCUAAUCCGUGGCGCUAUAUAUGCGAGUACCCACGAAGAGUUUGUCCAUAGAGAGUUUGAUGUAGUCGAAGUGGAAGUUUACUGUUAUACAUGGUGUAAUAAAAUCUUUAAAGCAGA